AUGGGACUGAAGGUGAAUGGUGAUGGUGGUUGCAUCAUAAAAAGCAUCCACUUUGAGAACAACCACCAGCUGUCCCUCAGCCCGUCGAUGCUAGUUUUCCUCCAUUCACACAAAAGAGUGAACCCAACCUUGCAGGACUACAUAAAAGACCUCCAAUUGAGCAACUUUAAGCAUGUUAACAUCAUGAGUUUGCUUACCAGGCUGAGUGGUGUCCGUGACAAGCUGGGAUGUCAUAAUAGAGAUGUGUUGAACAUGAAAGCGAAAAAUGCACGCAAGGAGUAUGCGGGUGAUGUGCAAAAACUCUUCAAAUUCUUUGAUGACAUGACAGCUGAAAAUGAGAACUUCUACUACGAUGUGCAUGUCGACGAAGAUAACAGACUAAAUAACAUUUUCUGGGCAAACGCAAGCUGUAGAGCUGCCUAUGCUGAUUUCGGCGACUGCAUCACUUUCGACACUACCUACAAGCCGAACAAAUACCACUUACCCCUGGCGGUAUUUGUCGGUGUCAGUAACCAUUUGCUCUCAUCGAUAUUUGGUGUUGCAUUGAUGGGUGACGAAAGUGUAGAUUCAUUCAAGUGGGUGUUCAGCACAUUCUUGAAAUGCAUGCGUGGGAAGCAACCAAUCUGCAUGCUGACAGUUUAG